AUGGGAGGUGACAAUGUGAUUAGGGUUCAUAAUGUUAGAGAUAACGUUGACGCGGCAAGGCUAUGCGAUGCAAUGAUGAGAAGAGAAGGUCAAACCAUUGGGAGAAACAAGAAGCUGAAAACUAUCACUAGUGCCCCCGAGAAGCCUGAAGAAGAAGAAGAAGAAAAAGAAGAGGAAGUGCCUGUUAAUAUUAGGGACCUGACGUCUGAUGAGAAACGGAGACUCAGUGAAGAGCUACUGGACUUUCCUCAUGACAAAAUAGAGACAGUUGUUCAGAUUAUAAAGAAGCGGAAUCCAGAACCCUCUCUACAAGAUGGUGAGAUCGAGCUAGAUCUUGAUAGUGUUGACAUGGAAACACUUUGGGAUAUUUAUGGAUACGUGACUGAGUACAAAGAGAGCUUGAGCAAGAUAAUGGGGUUCCAUUCAAUAAGAGAUGCUGGAUCUGCUCACAAUAUUAUCCAAGAACAGACCACUCUAGCAAGUGGAUCAAGUGGAUCAAGUAGUUCUAGUGUUGACUCAUCAGGAUUUAGCUCUAGUGGGUAA